UUUUUGGUGACACUUUUAAAAAAGCAUCUGAAACGAGGGCGAACAGGUUUGGAGAUGCUUUGUGGUGUAUGAUAGAAUUGUGGGAGAUACAAAAUGUCAGGUGGUCCUACUGUCCUCCUCUCUGAUGGGAAAUGUAAAGAGCGAUGUAAUAGUGAACGAAAUGGCGGAAGCUAUGAUCCUGUGAGGUGGAGUGAAUAUUUUAACAUACGGGAUGAUAUAGAACUCGAAGGGGGUACAUUUAGAAUCUAUCGUCGAGGUGUCGAAGGGCCUCUUCUCUUCUUCUUACAUGGUGGUGGUUUCUCAGCUUUAACAUGGGCGGUCCUAAGUACUCUUAUUACUGAUCAAGUUAAGUGUCAAUGUUUGGCAGUAGAUAUGAGGGGCCACGGUGAUACAAAGUGCCUCAAUGAUGAUGACCUAUCUAUCGACACUCUCUCAAAGGAUAUAAUAAAAAUAAUAUUUGCUAUGUAUCCAAUGGAGGCUCCGCCAAUUAUCCUUGUGGGCCACAGUAUGGGUGGAGCUGUAGCAGUACAUGUGGCAUGCAAGCGAACUAUCCCUUCUUUGGCUGGUCUUGUUGUUAUUGAUGUGGUUGAAGGAUCUGCUUUGAGCUCAUUACGUGGCAUGACAGCUUUCUUACGUGGUCGUCCUCAAAGUUUUCUUUCUUUACCUCAAGCAAUUGAGUGGAGCGUUCGCAGUUCGCAAAUACGUAAUGUAAAUUCAGCUCGUGUGUCUUUCCCUGGUCAGUUAAAGCGUAUCACAAGUGGUCAGACUGCAACAAGCGAACUAGAUUCAGGGAUCGCAGUUCUUUCUAAAACUGUUCCGCCUAUUCCUUCUGUAACUUCAACGCUAGAUGGUAGAGUCUCUUCUGUAAGUCGAUUAUCAAGUCAGCCAUUGGUUGAAGAUUCAGAAGUAGAUAACUCUAGAAGUUCAGAAAUCAAUUCUGAAAAUAAUUUAGAAGUUGAUCAAAAUUCAACAAGUCUUCCUAGCUGUCAUAAUGAUGCUGACAGUUUACAAUACAAUACAGAAAAUGUAUCGGUGGAUUCAUCUAAAUUUCCCAGUCAGUCUAUUGGAGAAUCUAUUCAUUCAAUAAGUGGUAGUACACUUCCUUCUUUUACUGACUCUUCUACUAUUUCAAAACAUUCUGGUUUGGUAACAUGUCAGUCGGAUCGUCCACAGUAUACUUGGCGAAUAGAUUUAAUUAAAACACAACCAUUUUGGCAAGGAUGGUUUUCUGGUUUGUCUAAACUAUUUUUAUCAAUACCUGAACCAAAAUUACUUCUGUUAGCUGAUGCUGAUCGAUUGGAUAAAGAUUUAACCAUUGGACAAAUGCAAGGUUUGUAUUAAAUUUUUUGUCUUAUUAUUGACGUUAUUUUAGCAAAAUAUACCAGUGAAUGUCUACGAUUAUUAUGAUUUAAAUACAGUACAGACAGUAUUACAGCCCACACACAAAUCAAGUGACUUGUGUGGCGCAUAUUUAUUCGGUGUCCCCUUGUACCAAUAUUUAUGUGUUCAAUUAAAAAAAUACAAACAAGAUAUAUAGAUUCUUAUUCUAGCUUCAAGUCAUAUUUAGUGCUUAAGGUUUGGAGAUUAGCUCGGGCAGGUAAUAAAAUUAAUAUACUUAAUAACAUUAACGUUAAUAUCACUUUGUAUCAUUUCAUCUUACUCGAUUCGUUCAUUUAUUCUGUUCAUGUUGAUUAAAUAUUAGGUGUAUGUUGAUGAGUUAACGCAUGAACCAUAUUGUGUAAGGAAUGUUAAGAUUUAUGUUUUGUGUCAUGAAUUUCUUUUGACUGUAUCUUGUAUAUUUCUAAAGCUAAGGAUCAUGAAUAAUAUUUUUUUCUAAAAAUCAACCGCACUAAUUAAUAUCCCAGUUUUAAUAUUUUUUUAGUGAUAAACAAGUUUAUGUUCUUCUGAGUUAAGACAUUUUAGUUGAAAGAAACCAGAAUGAGAGAUUUCUGUGUCGUCUAAAAAACGAUGCUCAAACGAAAAGAGCUAUUCUCUGAAGUUUAUGGAUAAGUUUAUAACUGAAAUACUUAAAUAAGCAUAAAUCAUCUCUUUUUUUUAAUGAAUAAUGAUAUGGUGAACAGUGCAAAUCGAAGAAUAAGCACCACACUAAUAACCAGCAUCCUGUAUGAUAAAUUAAUCCCACUGUAUAAAACGUAUGUCUGAAAUCAAAUGUUUACAUAUUUUUAUUAAAGUCAUAUCUGUUAGUUUAUAUGUAUAUGCUGCAGUAUAUCUUUUUCGGAAGGAUAUAAAGGCAAAAUGCUACUUGAUUUCUUGAACAUAUACCUAAUUUUUAUUAGUGGUUGAGUUAUAAAUAAUGAAUUGAUAAGUACAUUGAUAUUUACUUCAUAAUGUUACUGAUAUGUAUUAUUGUCAUCAGUAUUGAUAUUCAGGUUGUACGAGCCGUGUAGGUAGGUACUGACUAUUACCUGAUUGGUACUCAGGUGAUUAUCCUAGCCUAUAUUUGAAGAUAACUGUUUCACCAUAUAAACCUAGCAUUGUUUAUUCUAGUAUUUCAUUCAUUGUAUCAUUUAUCAGUGUGUAUUUAUAACUUUUUUUUUAUCUGCAUUAAGGAUUUUAGUUAUUUUUCCUACAUUUGACAUAUUCGAUUGUGCCUGGAAAUGUUUUUGAAGUCAUUGAAUACAAAAAAAUUAGACAAUUUGUGUACUCUUGAUUGGUUUGUAUGAAGACAGUAUAUUAUAGAACGAGCUAAAAAUAAAUCCAGUCAGUUCUCAACCAUUCAGAAAAUUGUUUUGUAAAUAGAUAGUUUGUGGAGAAGAAAACAAUAAUAUAACUAAGCGCAAACAGAUUUGAUAUAAUUUUUGAAUUUAUUAACAUCUAACACAGGUACGUUACUCUUUCUGUAAAUCGAAAGAAAACUAAUACAUAAAAGCUCGUUCAUACGAAUGUAGAUUAUACUUGUUCUCGAACACUUAUAGAGAUCCAAACAGAUUGUUAAGAGUCUACACAUCGUCCCUGGUUAGGAUUAAGUAUUUAGGGUUAGGUUUUUCAACACAAACUGACAUCAGGCAUAACACGAAAGUGUUCUAUAGUUAUAUGGGUGAAUGAAUUUCAUGCAAAAAUAUAAGAGAAGGUACUGUCUGACUAGUUUGUCCAUGAAAUGUAGUGUCACCAGUUCAAGACUUAUUUCUGUAUUGGAUGUUUAAGGUUAGAAUUUAGAGACAGUGUCGAUUUGUGUGUUGCAUACAAUUUACAGAGAAAGAACUGAAUUUUUAAUUCACUCAACGCCAUCAUUUUUACCCUGUGGUGACAAAAACCUAUUUUUGGCUAUCACUUUAAAUAUUUUGAGGAGUCUAGAAAUGUAUUUCUAAUACUCGUUAUACGUGAUAUUUGAUCUGUACUCUAAGUCAAAUUCUCAAUUCUGUUUGGUUCAUCUCUUAAGUAUACUUUAUACAAUUUAUAUUCAUACAAUGUAGUUUUUUUAGGUAAAUUUCAGGUUCAACUGUUCCCUCGUGCUGGUCAUGCCGUUCAAGAGGAUACUCCAGAUAGAGUUGCGGAAUGCCUGGCUAGAUUUCUAGUACGCAACCGAUUCACUGAAGCUCGUUCAGAUUUGUGAACAAUUAAUUAAUUGACCAUUUUGAAGUAACAACAUCAGUGUCAUCGUAGAUUCGUAUUGAAUGUUUUGGUUUUUUCGUUUGUUGAGCGAAGAAACUAUCUUCAGAAAUGUGUACUCUAAGCUGAGGAUAAUUUUGAAUUGCAUAUAAUUAGUUAUUGUUGUUAUCAUAUUUCCUGUACAAAAUUAUCUUUUUUCGGAGUUUUCCUUGAUUUUCGUAAAUUAGAGAUCUUCAAAGGGAAAAGUGUUCAUCAGUUUAUCAUUAACUGUUUUAUUUAUUCACUUACUAUACUUGAAGUUGUUUUUUAAAUCUUGGUUAUUGUUGUCUUGUAGUUCUCUUUUAACAGAGUUGUUUGUGUUAUUUUAAAUGCUGGUGCUAAUAACUUAUAUUGUCAAGUCUAUUAUUUGUUUCUGUGUGGUAAUCAAUCACAUUAACUUUUUCUUUUCGGCUUUUCUCUCUCGUAUAUUUUAUGUUCUUACGUGUAUGUGGUUGUUGAUACGAUUCAGUGCGCUUAUCUACUUUUUCUAUUCGAUGUUUUUACCAUUGUUAUUCUUUCUGUCUCCCUUCUGCUCUUAUCUUUUCGAUUCAUGUAUUUUUACAAAGAAUAUUUCUCACUGACAAUCAAGAUGAAGUGUUAAUAAAACUAUAAAUGCUAGUGAUUAGCAUCUUGUAUUAUUAAAAUCCGUGUUUUUUUCUUUCUCGUGUUGGUGAUUAACAAAUAAAAUUAUGCGAUUGUUAGUUCAUUUCUGAUAAUCAAUAAUUUCAUAAUGUGUUUGGUUGCUA